AUCACCCGCCCCGUUACUGGCGCCUACGUUUGUAACUUCACUGGUUGCACAGCUCCGGCCUUUCAAACGCAAUACCUCCUCAAUUCCCAUGCCAAUGUGCAUUCAUCUGCCCGUCCACAUUACUGCCCUGUCCAAGGUUGCCAGCGGACCGAGGGUGGCAAGGGCUUCAAGCGCAAAAACGAAAUGAUCAGACAUGGCGUCGUUCAUGAUUCACCAGGAUACGUCUGCCCCUUCUGCACAGAUACGGAACACAAAUACCCACGCCCAGACAAUCUCCAAAGGCAUGUUCGCGUGUAUCAUGUCGACAAGGAUAAAGACGACCCAGAACUGCGAAAGGUGCUUGAAAAGAUGCCGGAGGGGUUUCAACCGGAUCGAAAGCAACGUCGA